AGUAGCUGCUUCCUUUUGCAGCUUUCGGAGGCAGGGGAUGAACAAGUGAAAGAAAGGACUUCAAAGUACGCACCAUGAAAAGUUGACAAUAGCCAGAGAGAAUAACUGAGUCUACUUUGGUUUGCUGGAAUAUAGUUUGAGAGCAGAUGCAAAACUCUUGAGCUCUGGCUCUUGGGUGAGGAACAGGAUGCCGAGUUAUCAGCCUUGGUGCCAUGGUACUAUAACUCGAUCCAAUGCUGAGGAUCUACUUUCCAAAGCAGCAAGAGAUGGAAGCUUCCUUAUCCGGGCCAGUGAGUCCAUACAGGGAGCAUAUGCCCUCUGUGUUCUAUACCAGAACUGUGUGUACACAUACAGAAUCCUGCCAAAUGAGGAUAAGAAGCUCUCUGUCCAGGCAUCUGAAGGAGUGCCUAUCAGGUUCUUCUCUAUGCUGCCUGAGCUGGUGGAGGCGUAUUACAGUCCCAACAUGGGUCUGAUCACACAUCUGCAGUACCCUGUCCAGAGGGAGGAGGAGAUGGACGAAGAGCCAGAAUCCAAUAAUCUUCCACCGCAGCUCCCACCCAGGAACUUCUUGGCCAAUGAUGUGAAAGACAGUGACCCCAAGUCUUCUGAGCAGGCCUGCAAUUCCUUAUCAGACACCUACCUGAUGAGACUGCAGCAUAUGGACUUGUCCAUAAUACCAGAGGAGCAUCAAAUGGCUCUACAAGAUUACUUCAGGACCUCAAUCAGCUUGGAUGCUGAACAAGUACAGUAUGGUUACCCUAACCUCCCCGGGCUAAAGAAGCUAACAAUGGCGAUCUGCAAGAAUCUAAACAGCGAAAUCUCCCGCAUCCUGCCAGUUCUGGAGGUCUUCCAUCGAGCGUUGGACCAGCAGCUCUCCCCAGGAUUUGGACAGUUUCCAAAACAAAAUUCUAGCGAUUCAGGUCAAUCUGUAUCCUUUAAACUUGAGCGACUGACAAAACUGCUCUACUCUAUAGAAGACAAGGCUAAAAUGUCUUUGUUUGAGUCUGUUGGCUAUGAAGGAGGUCACAGGAAUUCUGUCAUACCUCUCGUCACGUUUGAGGUCAAGCAAGAAUCUCUGGCUAUUCCCACGAAGAUGUUCCUGAAGGUGGAUGUUGAAAGUGGGAAGCUCUUUCUCAAGAAGUCGAAAGAUGGACCUGAAGACAAAUUCUUUGUGCACAACAAAAUCCUGCAGUUGGUGAAAUCCCAGCGAAUGCACACCAAACUUGUCAUCGUGGCGGAGUCAGAGAAAGAGAAGAUUUUGCGAAAAGAGUUUACGUUUGAUGACACCAAGAAAAGAGAGGGCUUUUGCCAACUUCUUCAACAAAUGAAGAACAAACACUCUGAAAAGCCUGAACCAGACAUGAUCACAGUGUUUGUUGGCACUUGGAAUAUGGGAAAUGCUGGUCCUCCCCACAGCAUCGACACCUGGUUUCAGUGUAAAGGCCAAGGAAAGACUCAAGACGAUUCGGCGGAUCACAUCCCGCAUGAUUUUUAUGUCAUUGGGACUCAGGAGGACCCUUUGGGUGAGAGGGAGUGGGCAGACACAGUGAAAGGUGUCCUGAGGAAAAUCACAAACAUCAGCUUUAAACAAGUGGCGAUCCACACCCUGUGGAACAUCCGGAUCGUGGUCCUGGCAAAGCCUGAGCACGAAAACAGGAUCUCCCACGUGUUUUCGGACAGUGUGAAGACGGGGAUCGCCAACACUCUGGGAAACAAGGGAGCAGUGGGAGUGUCCUUCAUGUUCAACGGUACGUCCUUUGGCUUUGUCAACAGUCACCUGACCUCUGGAAGUGAGAAGAAGCUCAGACGCAAUCAAAACUACACCAACAUCCUGAGAUUCCUGAAUCUGGGAGACAAGAAGCUCAAUCCAUUUGACAUCACACAUCGGUUCACCCACCUCUUCUGGCUUGGUGAUUUGAACUACCGCAUUGAAUUCCCAUCUACAGAAGCUGAGUACAUUGUGACAAAGAUCAAACAGCAGCAGUACCAGGAACUCCUCAGUAAAGACCAGCUUAAUAUGGAGAGGAAUGACGGAAAGGUCUUCUUACAUUUCGACGAAGAGGAAAUCACGUUUGCGCCCACGUAUCGCUUUGAAAGAGAUACGCGAGAUAAGUAUGCCUACACAAAGGCCAAAGCCACGGGGACAAAAUACAAUUUGCCCUCAUGGUGCGAUCGUGUCCUGCGGAAGUCAUACCCUCUGGUUCAUGUUGUCUGCCAAGCAUAUGGGUGCACCAAUGACAUCAUGACAAGUGACCACUCACCGUUAUUUGCCUCAUUUGAAGUCGGAGUAGCCUCACAGUUUGUCUCCAAGCAAGACCCAAACAGUGCACCUCAAGGCGGAAUACAGAUCAUGAAUUGUGUGGCCACCUUGUUGACAAAAUCAAAGACCAAGUUCUUCAUCGAAUACCAUUCCAGCUGCUUGGAGAAAACUGUCAAGACGUUAGAGGGAGAAAACACGGAGCACUCGAACGGGUCCAUAAAAGUUUGGUUUGGCAACCAAGUCGAGCUCACCCCCAUCAUCUCUGACCCAGAGUACUUGCUGGACCAGCACAUCCUCAUCUGUGUGAAGUCGACAGACUGCGACGAGUCAUACGGGGGGGGUUGUGUUGCGCUGCGAGCUGCCCAGUUCAACUACACUGAGUUUCAGGUCACACUGACUCACCACGGAGAAAAGACGGGCACUUUGACAGGCGGCAUCCAGUUACGCACCUCGGAGGGCACUCCCACCGAGAAGUUAUACGAUUUCAUUAAAAUUGAAAAGGAUGACACUGUCUCCUCAAAAGGCAAAGGCGGCGACACAAACAAGUUUUCCGUCACCCAAACACAUGAUAUUUCCAACCCCAAUUACAUUGCAAUGGCCCAUAGAAGUGGGAAUGUGGUAGAUAAAGGUUGGAGUUACAGCAUGCCACCAAAACACCUAUCAAUCGCCGGACAAGGGAGCAAAGAUGCCAAGAAGGGCGGUUAUGACGUGAGCGGUGCACGCAGUCCCACAGGAAAGCCCACGGGUGAGGAUGAAAAGGUGUCAGAGAUGUUCGACAAUCCAUUAUACGGUGCGAUGGGAAAAUCACGGUGCAAGGACCAAGACCACCAGCAGAAGGACCACCUCGCGCCUCCAGAUCCCUACUUUUCAACCUCCAAACUGGCAGACGGAGACCCUGAUCGCCCCCCGCUGCUCACCCCGCGCAACCGCUCCUUCACCUGCUCUGAGGCCAAACCUCCGACCUCCAUCACCUCGCGUGCUUUAGCGCCCAAGAAACCAGUGGUGCCGUCGCGUUCGGAAGGAGGGAUGGCGCUCAGCCGGCCUCCUUUGCCUUCCAAGUCCCGGCCGGGCAUGCCGGAGCCCCAGAACCAAAGAGACUACAGAGAGAGCUCCGAACUCCCCAGCAAACACAGACCGCCAGCAAGACCUGGCCAGCCACAGCCCCCCAAAGACAUGCAUCCUGAAGUGCCAAAGAUGGGGCGUUCUGUGAAGUGAGACCAGGCUGCAGCGACUGUGCAGCUACCUGCUCUGGGUUGUUGAAAACAUUAAAUUAAAAGUAAAGGCUUCAUCCAGUCACUCCACCCGCUAUAUGUAUCACCUAUGAGUGACUAAUAAAGAAAUAGCUCUACAUUUUGGGGAAAGUGCCAAUUCACUUGCUUGCUGAGAGUUCAACAAGAAGAGCGAUACCACUUUCACAUCUGUGUGAAAUGUGACACCACAGCUGGUUAGCGUAGCUUAGCAUACAGUCCGGAAACAGGGGAGCAUGGCUCUGUGUGCAACGGGCAUGUUUGACGCUGUUUACCAGAGCAGGGUUAGCAGUUUCCCUCUGUUUUUAGUCUUGAGUCUUAAGCUAAGCUAGCUGUCUACUGGCUAUUGUUUCAUAUUCUGUGUACUAACCUGAGCCUGACAUUGAUCUUCUCAUCCAAUUCUUGGCAAGAACGCAAAACGGUGUGUUUUCCAAAGUGUGAAACUUUUCCUUUAAAGUGAUAUAAACAUUAGCGAAACAUUUUCAGACUUCCUUUCUGCUAAACUCGCAUUAACAAGUAGGUUUGGAAUUAAACCCAAUUAAAUAACUUUUACAUAUCAUGUGGAGUUUUACACUAUACAGCAGCUAACGAAUGUGUACCGCACAGUAUUAUCCUCCACAGACAUUAACAUGUUUGCCAUGAAGAUGUACAAUAAAUGCUCGGAUGAAUAAAAAA